AUGCAGAUAUUUGUCAAAACCCUAACCGGGAAGACUAUCACCCUCGAAGUUGAGCCUUCGGACUCAAUUGAGAAUGUGAAGGCCAAGAUUCAGGAUAAGGAGGGUAUCCCGCCAGACCAACAGCGAUUAAUCUUCGCUGGCAAACAGCUCGAGGACGGACGCACUCUCUCGGAUUAUAAUAUCCAAAAGGAGUCGACCCUGCACCUGGUCCUGCGGCUUCGCGGUGGUGCCAUCGAUCCCACAAUGCGAGCUCUGGCCCAGAAGUACAAGUGUGACAAGAUGAUUUGCCGUAAGUGCUACGCAAGGCUGCAUCCGCGUGCGACGAACUGCAGGAAGAGAAAAUGUGGUCACACCAGCAACUUGCGCCCCAAGAAGAAGUUGAAGUAG